AUGACAGGAACAGUGCAACCAAUGCAAAAUGGACAGGGUCUGCCACUCCGCCCAGAAUCCCGGGUCUUGAUAAUCAUGACCGGCGGGACGAUAUGCAUGCAGCGUUCAGAUUCCGGCUUCAUUCCAGCUCACGGCUUUCAAAAGGCCGCCUUGGAACCCUUUCCAACCUUCAAUGACAACUCUAACCCGAAACCCCUCGACGUCACCGUAAAUGCUUCUGGCGAACGGAAGCCCUAUGCUAGCCUCCGCACUCCCCUCACAUCCUACGGCGGUCAUAUCCGCUACACAGUCUUCGAAUUUGAACAGCUGCUCGACAGCAGCUCCAUCGACGCAAAGGGGUGGGCAGAAAUCGCCCACACCAUUUCGUGGAACUACACAAUGUUCGAUGCCUUCGUCGUCCUGCAUGGUACCGACAGUUUGGCUUACACAUGUUCUGCGCUGAGCUUCAUGCUGCGCAACCUAGGCAAGCCAGUUAUAUUGACCGGUUCCCAAGCACCAAUGCUGGAGCUGCAGAGCGAUGCAACAGACAAUCUACUCGGCUCCUUGGUGAUCGCGGGCCACUUCAUGAUACCGGAAGUCUGCUUAUAUUUCAACUACAAACUACUACGGGGAAACCGGGCAACGAAGGUAUCUGCAAACUCAUUUGCGGCUUUUGAUUCACCCAAUUUCCUGCCGCUGGCUAUCACUACGGCGAUGGGUACGAACGUCGCAUGGGAUCUUGUUUUAAGGCCGACAAACAUUGAGCAUUUUAGCAUCCAAACGAACCUGGAUACGACGCAUGUGGCGUGUUUGAGAAUCUUCCCUGGAAUCAAACCGGAGAUGGUGGAUGCGGUGUUGAGAUUGGAAGGGUUGAGGGGCCUCGUGUUAGAGACGUUUGGAGCAGGAAAUGCACCUGGUGGGCAGGACAAUGCAAUGACGAAUGUACUGGCCGCUGCGAUUCUGCGAGGGAUUGUGAUUGUGAAUGUUACACAAUGUCUGUCCGGCGGAGUCAGCCCCGUUUAUGCCCCGGGAAUGAACCUUUACCGCGCCGGAGUCGUCGCGGGCCAAGAUAUGACCAACGAAGCUGCGUUGACCAAACUUGCCUACCUUCUUGCACUUCCCGGGGCGACGCCUGAGACCGUCGCACGAGACAUGUCCAUUUCCCUCCGUGGGGAACUCACUGAGCAAUCACAGAUCAUAUUCCGACAUCCGGACGGUGUGCUUCGGGAACGAGUUAAGAGCCUAACUGCCGUAGCCUAUGCGAUUGCUCAGGGAGAUCUUGACAAGGUGAAAGACAUCCUGCGCGGGGAGAAACAGUGGAUUUUGAACGAUGCAGAUUAUUUGGGGAAUACUCCAUUGCAUCUCGCGGCCACCUCUCCCAACCUCGCCAUUCUACGACACUUCCUCCUCCAUGGCGGAUCUGUCCAUUUACGAAACCGCGCCGGCCGAACGGCUCUAUUCCUCGCCGCAAACGCGGGGUUGCCUGAUCAUGUCAAGCUGCUGCGGGAAUCCGGAGCCCAUUUGCAUGCUGAUGAGUUAGGUGUGGCGAAGUUGCAUGCGAGACGGCGGGCAGGCAUGGGCACGGGUAUGAGUGUAUGGUCGCUAGCGGGCGUUGAAGUGGAAGAGAAGGCGGAGGAAAAUGUGGAUUGA